GGAUUAAUCCCCACGCUGGCCGGCAGGAUGCUGCUGCUAUGCGCGGUGUGUUUUCCGCACCACAGCGACUCAGAGAACUUCAGCUGCAAGAUGGCUGCGGGAGACAACAGCGGCCGGGCGCCGUGCUUAAACUUCUCCGCCCCGGGACCUCUGGGGAACAGCCAGCCGAGCAACAACCCGUACACUCUGGCUACAAAUAACGCGGGAGGGUCGGCGGGGACAGCCGGGGGUUCGCAGGGUGCAGCGAGACGCUCGAACCCCCAGUCGGGGCCUAGCGGCCCGGAGAGCACCGGUGUUGCGUCAGGGCUCCCGCCGAACAUGAGAAACUCUUUCCCGCAGGCCGCGGCUCAGGGCGCCGCUGUGGCUGGGGCGGUCGGGGGGUCUAUGUCUGGCGUAGCUACGAAUAUGCUGGGCUCGAUCUCGAAUUUACAGCCAGCCGCUGCUGCACCGGCUACCCACUCGUCCCUGUCCUCGGGAACUCCAGCAGCAGCUGCCGUUCUCGUUUACCGAGAGCCUGUUUAUAACUGGCAGGCGACGAAAAGCACCGUGAAGGAGCGGUUCGCCUUCCUGUUCAAUAACGAGGUUCUGAGCGACGUUCAUUUUCUGGUGGGGAAAGGACUCGGGGUGCAGCGGAUACCUGCUCACAGGUUUGUGCUGGCAGUUGGCAGUGCCGUAUUUGAUGCCAUGUUUAACGGAGGCAUGGCGACAACUUCGACGGAAAUAGAGCUGCCUGAUGUUGAACCUGCUGCAUUCCUGGCCUUGCUCAAGUUUCUGUACUCCGACGAGGUCCAGAUUGGUCCAGAGACUGUGAUGACCACUCUCUACACAGCGAAAAAGUAUGCAGUCCCUGCGCUGGAGGCCCACUGUGUGGAGUUCCUCAAGAAGAACCUGCGUGCGGACAAUGCCUUCAUGCUCCUCACACAGGCACGGCUCUUUGAUGAACCUCAGCUGGCCAGUUUGUGCCUUGAGAACAUUGAUAAAAACACUGGUGAUGCUUUGGCUGCUGAAGGCUUCACAGAUAUAGAUCUGGACACGCUCGUUGCUGUAUUGGAGCGGGACACACUGGGCGUGCGGGAGGUGCGCCUGUUCGGUGCCGCGGUGCGUUGGGCUGAGGCCGAGGCCCACCGCCAGCAGCUUCAGCCCACACCCGAGAACAAGAGACGCGUGUUGGGUAAAGCCCUCACCCUCAUCCGCUUCCCUUUAAUGACCAUAGAGGAGUUUGCCGCAGGUCCUGCGCAGUCAGGCAUCCUGACGGACCGCGAGGUGGUCAGCCUGUUCCUGCAUUUCACAGUGAACCCUAAGCCUCGCGUGGAGUUCAUCGACCGGCCUCGGUGCUGCCUGCGCGGUAAAGAGUGUAGCAUCACGCGCUUCGGCCAAGUGGAGAGCCGCUGGGGGUACAGUGGAACCAGUGACCGGAUCCGAUUCACAGUAAACCGCAGGAUAUUUGUGGUGGGCUUUGGAUUAUAUGGUUCCAUACAUGGGCCAACAGACUAUCAGGUCAACAUACAGAUCAUUCACACAGACAGUAACACAAUCCUCGGUCAGAAUGAUACAGGUUUCAGUUGUGACGGGUCUGCGAACACCUUCAGGGUCAUGUUUAAAGAGCCAGUGGAGAUUCUUCCCAAUGUAAACUACACAGCCUGCGCUACUCUGAAGGGUCCAGACUCCCACUACGGUACCAAAGGCAUGAGGAAGGUCACCCACGAGUCCUCAGGAUCCGGCACCAAAACCUGCUUCACCUUCUGCUACGCCGCCGGCAACAACAAUGGCACUUCCGUGGAGGACGGACAGAUCCCCGAGGUCAUCUUCUACACAUAGUGACCUUCUGACUUUCCUCAGAUUCACAGGAAUAGGGGUUCUGUUCGGGCUUUACAGAGAAGGCUCACGGUUGGACGACCUAUUUUGUCUAAUGCACUAUAACUGAUAAGAACUGUGAUGAUUGGUGAGUGAUGUUGGCGUAUGGCAGUGCCACAUAGAGACACGGCGCCCACCUCCUCCUCCUUUAAAAGACUUUCAGCAAAAGAGGGGGCGGAGCUACUAAUAUCUACUUACAUCUACUUACGUAACGAUAACUGAGAAUGGUAAAAUGUGGACUGUUUGAGAAGGAGUGUGCUUUGUCCUUACGUCAGUAUUGAUGCAUUAUAGAGCCUUCAGACUGUAAACAGCACAUUGUGUUCCGCACAUCACUUUUUUUAUUCGUCUGAAAGCUUCGUAACAAGACAGGAGGACUGUUGUAACAACUUCCAGCUAGUUAUAAACGGGUUUACUCGGGGAUAAAUGCACGCUUUUCUCUUAAAACUGCAAAAAAAAAACUGCAUUUCCCUGUAGUUGUAGUGUCAUUUGAACUGGAUUGGCAGUAUAUUCACAACCGGUGCACCCAUUGCGCCCACUAGUGGUAGCCGGCGAAGCAACGUUUAAAGAAUGAAGCCAUUUUUAGAACACUAGGGAACCCUGUGCCUUCGGGCUCCCUCGCCUUCUGUGCCAAAAUGUUAUGCUUGAGUCGAGUGCCUCCUUAACUAGCUUAUGCUCAGCUGAUCUGUCCAUGCUCCGCCCACAGAUGGUGCAUUGUUUUUUGUGACGUCUGUUCCAGAGUUGGUCAAACCUGAGAGCAUGCUGGCAAAAAAAAUCUCAUUCAAAUGUAAAUGUAAAAAUGUAGUUUUAGCCUUAAUACCAGAAUACAGUGGCAUGCAAAGGUUUAGUUGCACCUAGGUCAUUUUUUACCCCCAUUAUUUUUUCUGACCUCACAUAUAACCAUUAUAUCUAAUAUAUACUACUAUAUUAUUUCUGCAAAAAAGGAUUUAUUGAGCUUUAUGGAGAUUUAUGGAGCUUUCAAAACAAAAAACAUGGUUUUAUACCUGAGAGCUCAAAUCGUCAAACUUCUGCUCCUCUCCCUUUUCACUCUAAAAUUAAAACAUUGAUUGCUGGGCACACACUCUAAAAAUUGAU